AAUCGAUAAAACCAUUUUUCACUCAAAGACAAACCACCGCUCUACUAUUUAUAGCCGCCGUCCACCGUCUGUCCAAGCGUCGGAUUUCGUUGUCGUUGACAGCAGUUGCCCCGUUGCAAACACCACCACCGAGCAGUGUAUAGCCACUGGCUAAUAUGCCAUAGCCGACACCGCCCAUAAGGACGAAAACAACGACAUUUAACCUGUUUGUAUCAAGUAAACUAUUGUCAUGUUUGGGAUUUCUUACGGAGAAUUGUUCCUUUUGGUUGGAGCCACCGCUGCAUUAAUCGGACCUAAGGAUCUACCCAUAAUAUCAAGAACAGCUGGUAGAUUAGCUGGUCGAGCCAUUGGUUAUGUCCAGUUGGCUCGUUCCCAGUUUGAUAAUGUUAUGCAGCAAUCUCAAGCUAGCCAGGUCCAUAAGGAACUUAAAGACGCAAUGGCUCAACUUGAAGCCAUUCGUUAUGAAAUGCGAAGCAUUUCUAUGUUGAAUGCUAAUCCAUUAUCUAGGAGGCUUGUCGAUAAUAUUGAUCAGACACCUUCUUCGAAUGUGGGCGAUGUUCGUGAAAGUCUAGAGACGGAGAAUACACCAAAUUCUACUGUUUAUAAGCCUCACAUUGAACCAACAAAUGGAGGGAGUAUACCAACAACAACUAAGGUUUCCAAGACCUCGGAAUCGUGUAACAUGCACAGCCAAGCAACUGCAUAUGCAAGAUUGGCUGAAUUAUCCACCCUAAAGAUUGGCUCAUUGCAAAGUGACAUGGAUGCGGGAAAGCUGACUGAUGAUGUUGAUCUUCUGAAUGUUCUGCCAUUAUCCGCUGAAAGUACUGGAAUUUUACCGAACCGUCCAGAUGAUGUAAAAGGAUCUGACAUUUUGUUGGAAGCCAUAGUUGAGGCUGAAGUGGCUCAGAAAGCCAAAGAGUUUUUUACGCAACCUGAAAAUCAGAUUAAAUACGAAUGAGAUGGUAGUCUGUUCUUAUAAAGAUUCCGUAAGUGCGCGCUACUCAUGAGUCCUUAAUUUUAGAAGACUUUUUAAAAGUUGUAUGACUGUAAAUACAAUUGUUUCUUUAAUUAGUGGUAAUUAUAUCUGAUUGGAUGAAAUAAUUAUUUUUAUUACUUUUUUAACUAAAAAUGUAUAUAUGUUUCAUA